AAGGGGCAGGUUGCCAUUUGUCAAUAUUUAAUUUUAUAUACAUGCACUUAGAAUUAACACAUUAUGUUGAAUCUUUUAUACAAGGUAGUAAACAGAACACAUUACCAAAAGAUAAUAAUGAAUGGACUGCAUUCAAGUUGUGUAAAUGAACUAUAGGAACAAGGUAUGUUAAACUCGAAUUAAUAGACGGGAGAAAAGAUUUGGACGUUUCAGCUAAGAGCCUUCUUCAGCUUACAAGACAAAUAGAGCUAAGACCAGCAACAGAGCUACAUAUUACUAACCUGCAUAAUAUAAUACCUAACAGAUUAAGAACAUAUACGUUUUACUGGCAUCCGUUCGUCACAAUGUGACGAUGGUGUGGGUUUCGGAGGACGAAAUCCACAAGGCCUGGGAUUAUUCUUCAAGGGUUAUAAGCUGGUUCCCAACCUCAAAUUUCCACGCCGCUGGAUAACCCAAGGGAACAACCUUUGGAUGAUACAGCUUGGCUCCAGUGGCGUCGCAGGAGUUGUCGGAAUGUUCCAUCGUACCAAUGUUAUCCGUCUUCAGGACUCCAUCUCCGGGUUUGAUUUCAGAGUUUCCUUCUCUUAGAUGAGUUGCCAUCCAAGACGAGUCCCAUCCACCCUGUUGAACAUUUGUUUCUAGCUACUCACGCUAGAAAUUUUUUUAGGAGAUAACUCUGGCUGAAUUGACCGGAUGUUGUCAAACUUAAUGGUCACAUAGCGCAACAGUAAUAAACUCAUUAAAAUUUGAAAGUAGUUACUAUUGGCUUAAAACCGAAAAUGUGUUCCUCCUAAAAUCUUUUUAAGUAAAUCAGGUGAGCAUUUUUAGGCCCGGAUCUAAUCCCUAUUUUGAACCCAUGCAGAUGUCAAAUAAAAUUUAGGGUAUUUUAAAAAAAAAUAUAUAUAUGUUUAAAAAUUCUGACAUUGAUUCCCCGUGCCAGUAGGGACAAAAGUGAUUUCCCCGGUCCCCUGAAGUAGGUACUGCCUCCAACUAUAACUCUACCUUUUAACCGUAUUAAAACACUUAAAGAUACAAAAUAUCGGUUAUCUCUCUCUUUUUUUUUUUCUACAGCGGACUGAUUUAUUAUUACAUUAGCUGAAUGUUUUAGUGUUUUUUGUGUUUUUUUUUUUUUUACACGUUCACUUAUGAAAUGCUUGUCCAGGUCCAGUAGAUUGUUGUCUUUCAGCUGAUUUGAGCUAGACUGUUUUGUCAAACGGGUUUUUCCAGUAAAAUUGUCUCUAGGACGACUUUCCUGAGAUUGUUGAGUCAGUUGAAUGAUCUACUACUGCUCUUUUAUGUCCCUAUUCUAAUCAUAAUCAAUUUGUUUUCAAUAUUUCAAACAUAAAAACACUUUUUGACAUAAUUGAAAAGUAAAAGCAAAAAUUAAAUUUAAUUUAAAAACAAAAAGACAUUUUUAAAUUAAAAAAAGAAACAUUAUAUUAAAUAUAUAAUUAUCUACGCAAAAUUUCUAUUUAAAUUUAAUUAAUAUCCAAACCAUAUGAUGCAUUAUGCAAUAACUGCUACAACAAAAUAUUUAAUCAUGUUAUUAAUCAUUUUAUUUGUUUUCAAAUUUAAGUAUGUGGAAGUUGAGACCCGCUGACCCAAUCUGUUUGCUGUGGAAAUGCAGAUAUUGCCUGGCCCGCUUUCGGGUAUUGCUCUGAUCUUAUUCAUCGUGCCGGUAAAACCUGGUAAGAUCAAUUGGAUUCAAAUCGAUUAAAACAAAGAGUGUGACACCCUUAAAAAUUGCCAAGAUAAUUUUUCUCAAACCAGCAAAUUUUUUGUCCACAUCGUUGUAUAAGAUUGCCUAUGUUAUGAAAAGACUUAAUAACCAAUCGAUGUCAUAAGUCUUCUAAUUGCAGCAUCAGUUUUAUAUAACUGACAUUACGUUUCGGAGAAAUGAAAUCUAUGAAAUGAAACGAUUAUACCAACUUUUUACAGGAUAUUAUACACAAAAAAAGAUAGUUAUAGCUACCAGAGCUUUCUUGGAUCCCAUUGAUUACAGCCUGGGGAAGAAAAGUUGUAUCGAUGGCUACGUCCAUGGCAUUGACAAUUUCAUUGUUACUGGUUUCCUCAACGUGACCGGGUAUAAUCUUACGCUGGUCCCUGCUUAUUUUAACGUGAUGUACCUCCAUCCCUUGCUCUGGAUCUGGAAUCCGGUAAGCGAAGUUGUAAACUUUUUCAUAACUUUAUCUGUGUCCCAAAUUAUAGCUUUCUCAUUUAUUAUCAAUAUUCCCUAUCAUCGUCAUUACAUUUAUAGAAAUAUAUUGAAAUUUUCAAAAAAUAACUCAGUGGUUGGUUUUACGUUGUACCUCUGCCCACUGCUGUGCCUGGAUGUCAUGUGGUUGGUGUUACAUUUUACCUCUGUCCACUGCUGUAUCUGGAUGUCAUUUGGUUGGUGUUACAUUGUACCUCUGUCCACUGCUGUGCCUGGAUGUCAUGUGGUUGGUCUUACGUUUUACCUCUGUCCACUGCUGUAUCUGGAUGCCAUGUAGUUGGUGUUACGUUGUACCUCUUUCCACUGCUGUGCCUGGAUGCCAUGUAGUUGGUGUUACGUUGUACCUCUGUCCACUGCUGUGCCUGGAUAUCAUGUAGUUGGUAUUCCGUUGUACCUCUGUCCACUGCUGAGCCUGGAUGUCAUAUAGUUGGUAUUACGUUGUACCUCUGUCCACUGUUGUGCCUGGAUGUCAUGCAGUUGGUGUUACGUUGUACGUCUGUUCGCUGCUGUGCCUGGAUGUCAUGUAGUUGGUAUUACGUUGCACCUCUGUCCACUGCUGUGGCUGGAUGUCAUGUAGUUGGUAUUACGUUUUACCUCUGUCCGCUGCUGUGCCUGGAUGUCAUGUAGUUGGUGUUACGUUGUACCUCUGUCCGCUGCUGUGCCUGGAUGUCAUGUAGUUGGUAUUACGUUGUACCUCUGUCCGCAGCUGUGCCUGGAUGUCAUGUAGUUGGUAUUACGUUGUACCUCUGUCCACUGCUGUGCCUGGAUGCCAUGUAGUUGUUAUUACGUUGUACCUCUGUCCACUGCUGUGCCUGGAUGCUAUGUAGUUGGUAUUAUGUUGUACCUCUGUCCACUGCUGUGCCUGGAUGUCAUGUAGUUGUUAUUACGUUGUACCUCUGUCCACUGCUGUGCCUGGAUGCCAUGUAGUUGUUAUUACGUUGUACCUCUGUCCACUGCUGUGCCUGGAUGUCAUUUUAUUUUGGACAAGGCGGAACACGCCUUGCAUAGCUCAUCUUCUAUGCAAGAUCUGUAAAUCAGAAGACGACAAAGCAUGUAAGAAGAAAAAGUGUGUAAGAGACAAAGCGUGUAAGCAGAAAAAGAGUGGUAGGCGACAAAGCGUGUAAGAAGAAAAAGCGUGUAAGACGAUAAAGCGUGUAAGGAGAAAAAGAGUGGUAGGCGACAAAGCGUGUAAGACGACAAAGAUUGUUAGACGACAAAGCGUGUAAGUCAACACAGUGUGUAAUACCGCAAAUCUUGUCACACGGCAAAGUGUGUUAGACGGAAAAGCAUGUAAGUCGAAACAGCGUCUAAGACAGCAAAGCGUGUAAGACAGCAAAGCGUGUAAGACAGCAAAGCGUGUAAGACAGCAAAGCGUGUAAGACGGCAAAGCGUGUAAGAUGGAAAAGCGUGUAAGACAGCAAAGCGUGUAAGACAGCAAAGCUUGUAAGACAGCAAAGCGUGUAAGAUGGAAAAGCGUGCAAGAAGGCAUUUAAUACUAAACAGACAAAGCAGUGAACUUGAUUCACAGAUAAAUGGAGUGUUUGUCCAAGACCAGAAUCUUCUGUCAUGUGCUCUUGAUUUAUAACAUUCGCCGUUUCGGUGAAAACUCUAAAAUUUGAGUAGCUUCCAAAUAUACAUAUUUUGAAUUAACAUAAAAUAGUUAUCAUGUCAGAUUCUGUUGACCUGAGAGCAUCAUUGAACAUGGAUUUAUAAUUCGCCGUGUCAUGUAAAAUAAUAAAUGUUCAUAAAUAUUGUAGAUUUCUAUAAAUAAAGCUUGUUGCUCUGGUCAAAUAGCUUAAGAUAACUUCGGCUAUAAUAAAUGUAUAAUUUGUUUAAACAAUGGUGAAAAAGUGAAAUAUUGAUUGUUUCCAUCCAUCCAUGUGGCGCUACGGCCCAUGUCCCUAGGGCUUUGGCCUGUAUCACUCCUUCCUUCCACACAGACCAUGCUUUUCCAUGCUUGGAUUUCCAAUGGCUGUAUAUCUCUUUACAUAUCAUCCAUACAUCUAAGCCUAGGUCUGACUUUGAGCCGUUUUCCUCUGGGGUUUUGGUGAUGUACUGUUACGUACCGUUGUAAGUAUAGAGAAAUUAAUCUCUUAUUUGAGUAUGUGGCUCGUUGAAAAGAACAGUGCAUAUCAAAAUGCAAUACCAUAAAUUAAAUACAAUAAUAAUGAAAAAUAAAACCAAACUAGGGAUAAUUAAAAUUAAUAAUUUUAUUAAGUUAAUUAUAAAUUACAAAAUCAAAAAGAAAUAAAAACUAAAGCUAUUGAAACAGUACAGUGGUGACUUAAACCGGUACAACGUUGAAGAAGAUACAAUAUUGUAAAAGGUACAAUGUUGAAAAAGGAACAUACACACACACACGGCAAAUAAUAGUAAACAAAUCUCUGUCUCGUUAGCAAAUAUCUCUCAGCUCAGUCUUUUCUAUGCGUAUUUAUAGUCUUUUUUAACUGACUUUUCUAGAAAGGGCUUACACAUUGUAUCAGCGCCUCGACCAAUCAAUAUUUUCUAAAGCAGGGGGUCUCAAACUCAAAUCAUCCAGGGGCCACAGGACUUAGAGUGAGACUGGGCCGCAUCAAGUAAAAAAACACACAAAAAAAAACGAUUACACAUUCAUUAAAGUACACCUGUUACAAUCUGCUCAACCUUCAUUAAUAACAGAUAAAAACAUUGAGGGUUCUCAAGAACUAGGCUUCACUUUCUUCCUCCUACUGCUCGUUGCCCGAGACCUGGCAGCGCUUCUUCUUACACAGCUGAGCAACAUUUGGCUUGAGUGAUAAAGCUACUGAGACCCUCAGUAUAGCUUGAAGAUGCUCAUUAAGUAAGUUUGUUCCUGAACUUUGACUUGUUAAAGUUCAUAGUGGAAAAGAGCUUUUCAAACAGAUAGGUACUCCCAAAAAAGGCACAUGAUCCGAUUGAGCAACCUGGAAAUCUCAGUGAAGGUGUAGGGCUAUGCUCUCAUAAAUUGACAAUGCUUGUCUGCUUCUCCAUUCAGUCCCUGAACUCAGAAUUGCACUGAGUAUCAAUGAGCUCGAUUUGAAGCGAAAGUGGGUGGGGGGAGGGGGGGGCGCAUCUUUCAUAUUAAAGGAGAAAGGAUCAGCAAAAGGGGAAAAGUGGCAGUGUGUGUUUUAAGGCAAAAUACAAGUCAUCAAAUUCUUCCUGUAGAUGUGCAAUGACAUCAUUAUAUUCACUACUGAAUGGUGUGCCCGAGUCCAUGAGUACUUUUCAUGUUUCUCUAAGAAUCAUAACACAAAUUUUGGGCAGAAUGCCCUGACAUUGUCAUAGGCAACACUGACAAGUUGCCCCUGGACUUGUUACUUCUUUUUGAGUACAUUCAGCUCCUGUGUAAGGUCAACAAGAAAAGCCAAGUCAAUGAACCAUUUGGGAUCACUUAGUACAGGAACAACUACCCCAACCUUCUCCAUGAAGGCUUAAAAUGCUAAAAUGUGUUCAGGUAGUAUGCAGGAGCAGGCAAUAUUUGUAAAUGAUUGAUGUGAAGGAAGAUGCUACUGUAGGGAGAAUGAAUUUUGAAUUUUUUAAUCGUAGAAACAGCCUUUUUGACGAAUCCUAUUUUGAAAUGGAAACAAGCUCACAUGCUCGGAAUUUACCUCACUCGAUAAUAGUGGGGGCAAUUUUAAUAGGGAUUUUUUGAUACUGUGUCAGAUUGCAAUGAUUUACACAAUUAUGGUUGUGCAUUAUCCACAAACUGACUUUUUAAACUUUUCCCAAAACCGCACUUUGGCCGCCAUGUUUGUCUCAUAAAAUGCUAUGAAAUAAAAAUGUUUAGUCCGGUUUUAAAGCCGGUUCCCCGGUUGACAAGUCUGUGGUGGCUUGUCUGUGGUGGCUUGUCUGUGGUGGCUUGUCUGUGGUGGCUUGUCUGUGGUGGCUUGUCGAUUAGGAGGCGUCGGCCACCGACCCCCUCGUCGUUACCCGGGGAACACAACUACUGGGCGCGUCCUGCGUGGGCAGACAAGGGAUGUGCUCGGUACCUGUCGUACAUAAAACAGCUCCUACAGAGCUGCCAGUUGUGAUAUUUCCCAACUGAAAAAAUAGGCAGAGACAGGGUAGGGAUCAUGAUUGCAAGUUGCCGUUAAUGGAUAUGAGGCGAGAGGCGAAGGUGGUAACCUCUGGCAGAUGAUUCUUACUACGCAGCACUGAGAAGCUGCUCCAAGGCAACCGUUUCGUCCCAGCUACUUCGCAAAUUAGUUACGUUGUGGAAACCCACUGUAGAAUCCUUAUUAUUACGCUUCCCCGGGAUGGGUGGUGGAAGAUAUUAGGACGUAAAUUUUUCCAUCCCGACUCCUGAGAAAGUCGAUCGUGUGCACUGUGUGCGAACACAGUGUCGUACCGACCGGGUGUCUUUGGGUUAGGACGGCCCCUGGUGAAGACUUGGGCGAGAAGACUCGGGUGAGGGCUGUCCUGACAAAGGGACAUCCCCGACGUGCCGCUCCGAGGCCCGAUACACGGGUUGGGGAGGGGUGUUUUGGGGAGGUCAUAAAGAGAACAAGCUCGUUGGCCCGCUGAUGCCUUUCCUUAAUGUUAACAUUUCAGAAAGUGUGAGAGAGAGAAAGAGAGAGAGAGAAAGAGAGAGAGAGAGAGAGAGAGAGAGAGAGAGAGAGAGAGAGAGAGAGAGAGAGAGAGAGAGAGAGAGAAGCGCGCGAAACUAUAGAGCACACACAAGACACAAAAAACACAUAUUGUUUCGGCUGUGAUCUUUAUAAAUAUAUAUAUAGUGUGUGUGUUUUUAAACUAUAUAUUAUGAGAGAGAGAGUAAGAGAGAGAGAGAGAGAGAGAGAGAGAGAGAGAGAGAGAGAGAGAGAGAGAGAGAGAGAGAGAGAGAGAGAGAAGUGCGCGAAACUUUAGAGGUCACACAGGACACCAAAAACCCUUAUUGUUUCGGCUCUGAUCUUUAUGAAUACAUAAAUUGCCUUUGUGUUUUUAAACCAUAUAUUUUCUUGAUUUAGAUUUCGUUUAACCACAUGAACCUGAGGGAAGAAGAAUGCACUGACAUACAACACGUCCCAUUAGAUCAAUGCGGAUGUGAAUAUGAGUCAAACAUGAUCAUACGUGUCAAGUGUAAUGUAACGGCUCACAUUGAACACACGGAUACACUGGUUAGACUGCAGUUAAUAACUGACCGUUUGUCUAUUAGUGAGGAGAUGAACAUGACCAAGGUGUAUCGUAAGUGAACAUAUUUCUGAAUUGUUUUGGAAAUGUUUUUAAAAAAACGCAUGUAUUAAUUUUGCACAUUUAUCGGCCAUGUUUGAUCAGCACGCUGAUGAAUGGCAGUAAAGUGAGGCCCACAUGCGUCAGUCACAGGCGGAAACUCAACAUCAUAUAUGUACGAUUUCUGUGGCGCAUUUUGCGUUUUUAAUGGCUCAACAAAAUCACACAGGGCGUGGACCGUGGUAAAAUGUUCAGCAAGUUCUCCACUUCUAGUCGGUGGCGCCUUUACUGAAUAGGUGAUGAAAAGAGAAUGAUGGAAGGGCGUAUCCUGACAGACAUGCUAGACGGAGAAAAUUCUUAGGAGGCAAGACCUAUUGGCUGAUCACGUGGUGAUGCUAUAAAAUACAUAUUCAAAAGAAGCAUGAAGGAAGUAAACAUUGAAAUUGGCGAAGUCGAGAUUAUCCCCGUUGCUCCAGAUGGUGAAAAGAAGUGUACACGAGAGUUAAGAAGGCAGAAGAUGUGCAAAAUAAAGGAUUUGAAAUAUAAAAAAAAAGCUUCACCGAAGGCCAAAGUAAGUCAUGGUUCUCUUUCGGGAACUGCAAGCCCUGACUGCCAUUACAGGUUGGGCUCUAUUAAGAUAUUCAAAUUUUAAGAAGAAAAAAAGUUCCUCCAUCAUAUUCACGAAAACGGAAAAUGUCGUAUACAAGGUACACCCCGUUUGCAGAAUGUCAAAUUUUUGGUGAUAAUUUAUAUUUGGUGUAACGUUACGAUCAUCUCCCAAUAGUUAGCCUUGCUGUUGAAAAACGUUAUCAAAAUGUUGGCAUCGCUGUUGAUAGUCGAGGAUGAACCUAGAACUGACCAGUCUUCCUUGCAAUGUUCAAACAAACACACAUCGGCUUCUUUAGUUUGUUCCUGAAAAUAAGAGCGAGUAGACCAAUCAAUUUUCUGAUCAAUUUCUCUCAAAUCAUCUUUGAUUUUAAGUCUGACUUUUUGACCCGCUGUAGAUCAUUGAAAAUAGAAGCUGCACCCCAGUUGUUAAAAAUCGUUGCAGCGCUCCCUUGUAUUGCUGGACAUCCUCUAAAACUUAAGGCUUACUCUCACAACUACUAUUAGAGGGAUAUUUGCGUUAGCGGCUGGGGUGGCAACAUGUUCAGCACGUCCUUGAUAGUUUUUGGUCAUAUCGUUUGGAGUUAAGCCCGAAUGUUAUUCAAAUAGUUGGUUUCAUUGUUAUCCGUCAACUUUGUUGAACUAAAGAAAUAGCAUUAAAAUCAGCCAGCAGAGAGGAAAGAAUCACCGUGGAAAGUAGUAUUGAGGCUUGGCUCUCCGCAAUGAGAAUACGAUGUCCUUGGCUUCUGAAGAUGAGUCUGUGGCUUUCCCUUUAACGUAUUGCGUAAAACAAGGCGGCUUUCUAGCCCCCAACUUUGUUUGCUCUGUGCUUUUAUGGACAAUCAUUAUUGCAUUCCUAAAGGAAACAGGUUAGACGCAUAACUACUAAAUAUUCGGAAAGUUUAAGUAAUUUCAAAAGUAGAAUAAACUUUUAUUAGAGAUCUCUUAUUCACGGAUUACUCAGACCUAAAUGUUAGCUCAGAACUGAAAAUACGCAAAGUAGUUGGCCUCUUUGAGAUUGCGAACGCCUGUGACUCCUACAGCCUCGUCAUCCAAAUAAAAGAACACAGACAAAAUGUACCAAGGGUCUGCAGAAUCUCACAAUACAUUUAACUCUUCAAAGAAGAUACAAAAUCUCCGAGCGGUGGACAAAUUCCCAUGUUAAUGCAGCGCCCUCUCACGGUCGAUUACGUUGGAUGGUGAGGUAAACAAUAGUGGAUGGUGAGGUAAACAAUAUUGGAUGGUGAGGUAAACAAUAUUGGAUGGUGAGGUAAACAACAUACAUUCCGAGUUGAGCUUCUUAUUCACAAAACUUAAUAGAAGCGUCUUGGAGCAAGGGUUCUCAUUCGUUUCACUAAGAUGAGAGCAUCUAACGAAAUUGUAAUUAACGACUUUCCUAUACGCCAUAGAGACUUUGACAGUGUCAAGUAGACGUUGACUAAACCAUUUCCGCCUACCAUACUUAAGCAAACGUAUUGACACAGGGUUGCAGGACGAAGGCCUUGCAAAUAAAGCCCCCAAAACUGGCGGGCUUUACCAGCAUCCACACGGUCUUAACUAAAGGACCGAUCUUUUAAACUUAUCUACUCCAGAAUGUGAAUGUCUUCGUUUUAAAUGUUUGAUAAAAAGAUUUCUUUAUUUUUAGGCGAUACUUCGUGUGCAAUGGGAACCUCAAUAAACGGAGGUAACUACAGUUAUUUAAAUAACCAAGUCAGAUUUAUUAUUUCACCUUGUAUUAUUCCAUGACUUUUCUUUCAAAUGAAACGGAUCGGUACAACUCUCUCCCCUCCCCGCUUCCUAAUUUCUAUAGUGGAGUCAAGGGUAUGAGAAUCACUGUUGUGAUGUUUGAGAUCACAGUAAAUGAUGUUCACCCGAAAUAAUGCAAGCAUGAGUAAACAAGGCGUGAGAUUGUCAAUGAUGGGCGAGAGGUUAUGCAUAAUGAGAGCGUUGUGUCUUAGACGGUAGAGCUGUGACAUAGUCAGAGAGUUGUGUCUUAGACGGUAGAGCUGUGACAUAGUCAGAGAGUUGUGUCUUAGACGGCAGAGCUGUGACAUAGUCAGAGAGUUGUGUCUUAGACGGCAGAGCUGUGACAUAGUCAGAGAGUUGUGUCUUAGACGGCAGAGCUGUGACAUAGUCAGAGAGUUGUGUCUUAGACGGUAGAGCUGUGAAAUAGUCAGAGAGUUGUGUCUUAGACGGUAGAGCUGUGACAUAGUCAGAGAGUUGUGUCUUAGACGGUAGUGCUGUGACAUAGAGAGUUGUGUCUUAGACGGUAGAGCUGUGACAUAGUCAGAGAGUUGUGUCUUAGACGGUAGAGCUGUGACAUAGUCAGAGAGUUGUGUCUUAGACGGCAGAGCUGAGACAUAGUCAGAGAGUUGUGUCUUAGACGGCAGAGCUGUGACAUAGAGAGUUUUAUCCUAUUCACUGUAAAGAUUGUUGUGUGUUUCUGAGUCAGUCGGACGUAGUCUGACAUUAAGAUUAGAUAGAUAGAUAGAUGGUCAACCCCGAGAUCUACAACUCAUCAAGUGGCGAUCGUACUUCGAGGAAUUAAAUUAUUGAUUUUGACUCUCAAGUACAUCUAUAGUAGAAGCUUUUAAAAAAAAAACACAAUUUUUUAUUUAACAGGAACGCGCUCACAUGGCUGGUACGACGGAAUGCCUGGUAUGUAUUUUAUAUCUUAUAUUGAUAAGCAGAAUUGAGCCGAGUGACUUUUACUAUGAGAUUAACAUAUAACAUUGUUUAUUUUAUGAAGUGUUUAAAACAUACAAACGGAUUUAAUUGCAGGUUUAUUUUUUGUUAACGGCGGGGAGGGUGGGGUCGUUCUACCGUUAAAACAUAUUUGAAUUCUUGGUCAUGGGUGAAUAUUGGACAAAGGGGAUAUUUGAGUCCACGAGAUCUUAUCAAGAAAAAUGGUCUCAAUACAAAUAGCUUAAAUUUUAAACAAGCUUCUGGAAACUCGUUCACCAAGAUAAUGUGCAAAAGAGAUGCAUUCGAUAAAAGUCACUGUGGCAUUCCUGUCCUGUUCCUUUGGUUGAGGUUCCCAGGAAUCGACCCGUGCUUCUAGUGAGAUAGUUCCAUGGCACCCCUUUUAUCUCUUCUAGUGAGAUAGUUCCAUGGCACUUCUUUUACCUCUUCUAGUGAGAUAGUUCCAUGGCACCCUUUUACCUCUUCUAGUGAGAUAGUUCCAUGGCACCCCUUUUACCUCUUCUAGUGAGAUAGUUCCAUGGCACCCCUUUUACCUCUUCUAGUGAGAUAGUUCCAUGGCACCCUUUUUACCUCUUCUAGUGAGUUAGUUCCAUGGCACCCUUUUACCUCUUCUAUUGAGAUAGUUCCUUGGCUUCUCUUUUACCUCUUCUAUCUUCUAGUGAGAUAGUUCCAUGGCACCCCUUUUACCUCUUCUAGUGAGAUAGUUCCAUGGCACCCCUUUUACCUCUUCUAGUGAGAUAGUUCCAUGGCACCCUUUUUACCUCUUCUAGUGAGAUAGUUCCAUGGCACCCUUUUACCUCUUCUAGUGAGAUAGUUCCGUGGCAUCCCUUUUACCUCUUCUAGUGAGAUAGUUCCAGGGCACCCCUUUACCUUUUACAUUGACUUUCUCAUUAAAAUGAUCACCAAUGGACAUUCAUCUGUUGACAUUUUCUUAUAAUCUCUUAACAGGUCACAUCCUUCUGGUCACAGCUUUGGUCAGCACCGUUAAAUCUAUGGUUUUAUAUGGUUAAUGAACUCAUCGAUGGUACGGCUGGAUGCUGGGGGCAGUCUGGAUCAACAGAACAAUAUCAUCUCUUUGUAAUGUACAGUUCAUCAGCUUAAGCAAUAAAACAUCUUAAAGUAAUUUAACUCAAAAUAUAAUUAGGAAAAUCACCCUAUGGAAGCAUGUGAAGUAUACAAAUAUAUAAAAAUACAGACCGAUAACCCUGGCGAAAAUGAAACAUGACAUUGAACAUUAUCAAAAGAAACAUCUUCAUUACGAAAUAAACAUCUUGAAUUUUUUAUUUAGAAUUAGAAUACGACUAUAAUAAUUAAAUUUUAGCAAUAAUGAUUGCAAGUACCAAUAUAAUACCUCCAGGAAAUGAAUGGUGGCAUGGAAUGUUCUAAAAUUAAAAUAACUUUG